AUGUCGCUUAGCCUUUGCUUAAUAGGAAUUGUUUUUGGCUCUUUGUUGGGUUCUGGCCACGCAAAGGGUCAUUAUUAUGACGAAUAUAGCGAUCGGUUAGCUCGGAACAUGGUCGUUGUAGCUGCUGGGGCAUAUGCGCAAGAUCCUAUGCAAUGCCUGAACAAAGUAUAUCCAAUGGAUCAGUAUAAACUUCGAAGCCACAUGGUGACCGCAUGUGACGGUGAUAGUAAUACUUGUGGAGUUUAUACUGCCGUUAGCGCUAAGGAUCAACGAAUUAUUGUCGCGUUUCGGGGAACAGUUGGAGAUAAGCAAAUGAAGUUGGAGAUGGUCGAAUCGCUAAAGCCGAGCAUAGACUGGUAUAGUUACGGAUUAAUCGAUCGCUACUUUUACAAUGCCAUUGACAAAAUGUGGCCCUAUGUUGAAGGCGCUAUCAACGAAACCUCAUCCUCCCACUUCGAAAUAAAACUGCUUACAUUCGGGGAGCCCCGCGUCGGGAACGCGGUUUAUGCGGCUAACGUCGAUCGAGUGGUGAAGGAUGUCUAUCGAGUGGUGCACAAAGCAGAUGUUGUGCCCCAUUUGCCUCCUUGCAAGGAUUCUCGUACCGACCGUCGUGCUUGUGAUGCUGGGGACUUGCGCAGAAUGUAUCACCAUGGGACCGAAGUUUGGUAUAAUAACGAUAUGGGACCCGGAGCAGAUUAUAAGCUCUGCACUCGUUCGGAUGAAGAUGCAGAUUGCUCAGAUGGCUUGGGUAAAUGGGAGGGCAAAGAUCAUCUCAACUAUUUUGGUCACGACAUUGGCGCAUUCGGAGGCGCGACGUAUUACAAACGCACACAAGUGACUGGACCGCGUAUAUUGAGCAAUGUUCUCCCACUAAUGGGCGGAUAUGACGAAAUCGGUGGUAAAAAAAGAAGAGAGACAUGGGAA